UUUAAGGGUUUGUUCUUUCUUCGUUCUCAUGGCUACUGACUUUACUAUCAGAGAAGCUGUGAAGCAAGAUCUAGUUCCUGCUGCGACCGUUCUAUACAAUGCGUUUCUGGAGAUAAACAGUGCUACAAAUGCUGCUGCUGUGGAGGUCGAUUUUCCAAGUGUGGAAGUAGCCAUCGCAGCAGUCAGAGGUCGACUGGAAGAUGAAAGCUCAGCUGGUGUUGUGGCCGUCCAAGGGGGAGCUGUCAUCGGUGUGGGAUUCAUCGUUUUUGGAGGAGAGGUGAAUUCUCUGGCCCUUGUCUCGGUGAUGCCUAGCACAGCAAACAAAGGUGUGGGGAAAGCUAUCACUUUGAGCUUGCUGGAGAAAUCCCGCAACACAAGCGCAGCAUCUAUACGACUGGUUCAGGGAGCUCCGAACACGAAGAGCUUUUCCUUGUACGUGAAAUUCGGCUUUCGUCCCGUGGAGUUCUGGAGUAAUUUUCACGGCUCACUCAGCAAAGACCAAGCCGAGAAAGCUGCCAACAUCGCUGGCAUCUCACUAGCUGGCUAUGUUGUCCGGGAGAUGGAGCCGAACGACGUGGAUGCUUGCUCCAAGCUCUUCAAGAAGACGCUGGGAUACGACCGUGAAGCUCAGAUCAGAGACGUGCAGCUUCGAGCAUUAGGAAACGGCAGUGUUCUAGUGGUCAUCAAAGACGGAACUAUAGUGGGAUACACGACGGGUUUUGUUCGCAGUGGCUAUGUGAUUGCUACAAACGAAGAAGCUGCCAUUGCAUUAUACUCGAGAGCAGCUCAUCUUCAUAUAUACAUCUUGGGACAGCUCUAUCCAACUUUGCUGCGAUGGGCGCUCGAAGCUGGCCUUCCAUUGAUCAGGCAUGGAUCGUUUAUGGUUCUCGGCAGCUAUCUCCGGCCGCAGCAAGGCAUGCUGUGGAGUCUCUGUGGAGUCAAUUGAUCCACUCAUCUAUCUCCAGUCUCAGCAAGGCAUGGUGUGAAGUUUCUGUGGAUCAGAGCUCUUGCAACUUUUCAGAACCUCCCGUAAGUCUUGCAUCCUUUGCUUUUUCAUGUCAUGCUCCUGGACUUUCCUGUUCUUUAUCUCCUUAUAGCUUUUAGCCUUA